UAUAAACGCAGAGUACAUGGGGGCGUCGGUCGGUGUCACUAGCGAUUGACGAUCAAAGGUUUGCACACACGUGAGUUAUAUUAAACGGACUGAUUAAAUCGCACGAGCGACACGCGAAAUGGAGUUGAUCAGAGGAGUGUGGAGGAAAUCCUCUAUCAUGUACAAGAGCGGAGUGCAAUGUAUAUCCUUGAGACACAAUGGCACGACGUCGAACGUGGCCGAGGUGGCGGUGUUUUCGCGUGACGGCGACUCCGGAUUGACGAUCACGGACGCUGGGGACACGAAGCCGAAGGACGACGUGAUUUUCAACGCUCUCGGAGCAACUGACGAGCUGUCAUCUUAUAUAGGACUGGCGAGGGAGUUUGCCUGUGAUGGCAAGGUCGAACAUCCAUACGUCGACAAGCUCAAGAGGGUGCAAAUGAUCUUGUUUGACCUGAGUCACGCCAUCUCCAAAUCUGUGCCUGGGAAGACCAGGUCCUUCGAGAGCAAGCACACCAAGGAUCUGGAAGAGUGGAUCCUUGAAUACGCAAAUCAGCUCCCUCCGCCCGAGGAUUACAUCAUUCCAGGAGGUGGGAAAGCUUGUGCUUCCCUACACGUUGCACGAACGGUAUGCAGGCGUGCUGAGAGAAGCAUCACGACAUUAGUACGAGAUGGUGCUCUAGAUAAAGAGGCACAAACGUACUUGAAUAGAUUAUCGGACUUCCUUCUAACAGUAUCACGUAUUGCGGCCAAAUGCGAUCAACGCACGGAGAACAUUUAUAUUCCGCGAGCAGAAGUGACGGAGGAGAAGUGAAAGGACUCGUAUGCAAACUUUUGUAGAGCAUGAAUUUUUUGCAGUCACGUGUAUAAAUAUCUACACAUGCACGAUAUAUAUACACAUACACGUAUGCGUACAGAUAUAGUGCAGCAGUUACAAAUACAAAAAAAAAAUAGAACCAAAUAUUCUAUGGAUAUCGCCAUUAUUUGUUACCAAAUGUUAGUCCAUACGCUUGAUCUAAAUCAAGCAACAUCAAGCCAUACACAUUUUGCAGAAUGGAUAUGUAUUCCGUUACAUAUCUAAAAAGUUGCAAUUUUUAAACUGAAUAAAAUUAGUUAAAAUGAAGAGUGCAUAAUUCUUAACUGCAAUCUCAAUAGGAAAUGUUUAUUGCAGUUUUUCAUAGAAAUGGUGUCAUGGGAGAUAGGAUUAUAUGACACGCUUAUAUAUGUAGAUAAUUUACUUAAAUGAUACUUGUAAAUACAAAUGCAGGUUGUUUUAUUAGAUAUAACAAGAUGCUAAGAUAUAACAAAAUUGUCAACACAUACUUAGAAUAUAAAUUAGAAUUACAAUAAAUACGAAUUCUCUCCUGG